CCCUCGCCCUCCUUCUUCUUCUUCUUCCUCUCUUUCACCGAAUGUCAUUGGCCGCUGCUCUGCCUUGGUCCCCAAGCUCUGUACUCCCGCCGCCUUCUCUCUUCCUCUCAUUAGCUCAUUCUUCUCCCUCCUAACUUUCAUAAACCCCAAAACCCACUUCCCUCUCUUAAACCCAAAACCUCACUCUUUGUUUCCACCGCUAGCUGAAACACCAUCUCUGCUUUUCGUUUUCGCUUUCUGGGUUUUGUUUGCUUUACCUUCCUCAGUGAAAUAACCGCGUUCUUGCCUUGUCAAUCACGCCGUCACCGUGAAUGCCGUUUCAGCCUUCCGUUUGUUGAACCCAGCUGGGUGAUAGACCCGGUUCGUUUCUGCGAAUUGGGUCUAGAGCUCACUACUCUAGCUCUCUCUUCGCUUUCACCUUUUCACUGUUUAUUUUUACUCAGUAGUCAGUACCCACUUUUUGCUUCGCCUCAAGGUAAUGUGAUAAAGGGAGCUUCUUGUGUGGUCUUAGGGAUCUUCAAGUAAUAUGAUGCUGGCGAAAACACAAAGGUUUGUGGCGUGGGAGGAGCACAUUUUGUGUCAUGAGCGUGGUAACCGUGUGGUGCACUAUUACUUGAAGAAGGCAUCAGGGGAAUCAGUCCUUGCUGUUAUAGGGACUGAGAAGAGUAUAAGGCACAUGUUGUAUGUUGUUUCAGACGAGUUCCUCGACACUUGCGGCUCCGAGGGAUUCAUCAAUGCGUGUACCAGAUGGCGAGCAAGAAGAGAAGUUGUACACUGGCUUGGAUCCUUGCUCUCCAAGCGUCGCUGGUCGGAGGUUUCAAAUUCACCGUCAAAUGAAACAACAGAAGCUUUAUCUCUUCAUGGAGUCAGUGCUCGUCAAACUGAUCAGAUGGUUCCAAGGAAACUGAAAGGUCAAAAUUCACAUAUUGAAUGGUCUGGUGUUGCCUGGAUUUGCGGCAAGCAGCUGAAGCACUACCCAGCAUUUUGCAGGAAUGGAACUACCGUUUCUGUCCAUUCCUUUGUCUUCAUUAUGGCUUUAGAAAAACAUUACUACCUUGGUUAUGUGGAAGACAUGUAUGAAGACAGGAAAGGGAAGAAAAAAGUUAAAGUGCGAUGGUUUCACCACAGUAAGGAAGUGGAGGAUGUAAUCCCUGAUCUGAACCCACACCCGAGAGAAGUUUUUAUCACACCUCAUGUACAGGUGAUUAGUGCUGAGUGUAUUGACGGUCCUGCAACAGUUUUAACUCCUAAGCAUUAUGAGAAAUGUUUGGCUAGUGUUGCUCACAGUUCUUCAUCUGGAGUCCAUAUGUGCUUUAGACAGCUUAAGAACCAUGAGGUUAGGCCCUUCAGUCUUGCUAAGUUGCGGGGGUAUUCUAAUCAAGCAAUCCUUUCUUCCUUACAUUUUCCCCAAGUCUCCAAGAAAAUAGUCAAGUGCGAUAUGUUAUAUGAUAAAGAUGAGGAAGAGCCAAUACCUGGUGAUCCCCUGAGGGUGAAUUGUAAGAGAAAUAGAAGCUAUGAGGAGCAUCAGGGACUUGCACCCGGUUAUUCUAGUAUCAGAAACUUGCAUACCCAGAGUCAGCUAAAAAACUGCGUUCCAACAUACCCAAAGUUGAAAAUAAAAUUAUCAAGGAAAGCAAUUGGAGUUGAGACUGUUGAAUCUGCUCCCCAAUGUCCAGUGUCUUUUAAGGUUGAUGAGAAGAUAGAACUGCUCUGUCAAGAUAGUGGCAUUCGAGGAUGCUGGUUUAGGUGUAAGGUUUUGCAGACAUCUCAGAAGCUUCUCAAAGUUCAAUAUGAUGAUGUGCAAGAUGUAGAUGGAUCUGGUAAUUUGGAGGAAUGGGUCCCUGCUUUUAGAGUUGCUGCUCCUGAUAAACUGGGCAUGAGAUGCUCAGGCCGCCUGACAAUUCGGCCCUGCCACCCCAGUGAUUCUGCCAUGUCUUCUUUUGAGGUUGGAGUACCAGUUGAUGCAUGGUGGAGUGAUGGCUGGUGGGAAGGUGUUGUUGCUGGAGUUGACGUCUCUGGAACUGCUAUACAAGUCUACUUCCCUGGUGAGGAGAAGCUUCUGACUUUCCAGAGACAGGAUAUUAGGGCUUCGAGAGAGUGGGUUGACAACAAAUGGGUUCAUGUAAAGGCAAAGCCUGAUAUACUGUUACAUAUAUCUGAAAAUGUCAGUUGUAGCAUUAAAAUCACGACUCCCUGUGCUAGUGCUAUGGCAGAGUGGUGUUGCUCCAAAGUUCAUACAUCUUCUAAACUUGAAGUUUUUGAAGAAAAACCAGAAUUACGAAAUUUAGUUCCAAUGGGUGAUGAGUUGGAAAAUGAGAAGAGAGUCAAUUUGAGGAAGCAGCCAUGUACCAGUAAUGAAGAUGAAAAUGACAGUUCUAGUGAUGGCGGUACUUGCAACAAGGAUGAUUCUAUUUGGGAGGAAGAAGUUGAUCCUGCCUAUGAGAAAUGUGAAACACCAGAAGCCAUGGAAGUGGCUGCUCAGGACUGAUAUGGAGUUUCUUACCUUGAUGACCGUGUCCUGGUUCUUGUAGAUAAAAGGAAGUAUCGAGAUAGGAAUAUGAAAAGAAUGAUAAACUAGUUUCUAGCACCAUGAAAAUUGGCAGGUGUACAGCUAUAUAUAUCUGAUAGAUUUAAGUUUCUUUGGGAUCAAGCGCAGAAGUGCAUGUAAGCUGAUGGCAGUAGUGCAAUUCAGUCUUAAGAGUUCAUUAGUUUAUGCUCUUGCAGCCAUACCUGGUGUGUAGCGACUUCUAAACAUUGCGCUCUGUAUCCUUCGUAUGUUUUAACCUAUAGUUUCAAGAUUUCAGAUCUAAUGGUAAAGCUUAUAAGAUUAGUUUCAGUCUUCAA